CGCAACUUCGUGAAUCAUCGUGAGAUGCAUUGUCGUUAUUCCACAUCACAACACGUGGAUCUUGGCAUACAUGGAAUCAUCUGCAUAGUUCUAGAUAGUUUUGGAUUGUUCGAAAUGAUUACCUAAGUGCGGUUUGCUUACCUGGACGUUUCCUGAAUGUGGUAGAAUGCGUACGAUGUAUUGUGUUAUGAGUGCCUUAUUAUUAUUUAAAGAAUAUGCGACAUCGUGAGACUUGUUUCCCUUUUUUUCCCUCAGGUUACAACACAAGCUACAACAGAACAGCAACCUUUUAAGACGUGCACAAUCAACAAAGAAUUAUUUCAUCCCAUCUUCUACUCAUACCUACUUAACUCUUUCUUCCAAGAGCCAAGCCACACAAGCUUUACACUUCUACAAACCAACUACUAAUACCUACCUUUGAAUCCGAUUACUCAAUAAUCUCCCACAUCACACAUCACAAACCACCAAAAUGUCCAUGUUCGGUCCCCGCUUCUACACCCCGGCUGAGCCCAACUACACGGGUCUCUUCCGCCUCAUCGACGACUUUGACAAGUACUCCGGCCAGAACACCAGCAACUCGCCCACCCCCACCACCACCACCACCCAUGGCAACGCUCACCCCAACCACGCCGCUGCCGCUCGCCACCCCAACAACAGCCGCGCCCGCCUCGUCCAAACCUUCGUCCCCAAAUUCGACCUAAAAGAGACGGAGGCCGCCUACGAGCUGCACGGCGAGCUUCCGGGCGCCGAGAAGGAAAACGUGCACGUCGAGUUCAGCGACGCGCAGACCAUUGUCAUCCGUGGCCGCGUCGAGCGCUCCUACACCACCUCCUCCUCCCCUACCCCGGCAGCCCCGCUCGUAGCGCAGAAGACGGGCGAGAGCCAGAGGUCGCUGCAGCCGACCGUCGAGGACGACACCGAGGACGAGGAGGGCGCCACCAUUGUCUCACACGCCGCCAAGGAGGACAGCGGCAAGGCGGUGGCGGAACAGCAGAAGGCGAAGCAGCAGCAGCAGCAGCAGCACAAGUACUGGAUCACGGAGCGCAGCGUCGGCGAGUUCUCGCGCACGUUCCAGUUCCCCGGCCGCGUCGACCCGGACCACGUCCGCGCGGCGCUGGACAAUGGCAUCUUGACGGUGGUGGUGCCGAAGGCGAAGAGGCACGAGAGUCGGAGGAUUGAGAUCCAGUGAUUGGAUUGGUUUUGAGGGUGCGUGGCUUACCUGCCUAGGGUACUUAGGUACUGGGACUUCCGUCAUCAUCCCCCCUUUUCUUCUUCUUCUGCGACAGCAUUUAUGAUAGUCUACGAUGGACAGGCUUAAGGGUAUAUGCAUGGACUCUACUAGCUUUGCUUGGUCUGGUGUCGUCUAGGUAACUACCGGCCAACAUACAAAUACAUCAUGAACGGAAAAGAGGAGGAUUUCGAGUUGUGGAGUUGAGUUGAGUUGCUCAGUUAAUCGCGCGGUUGCAUUGCUAAGGAAAGGGGCUUGCUUUCAUGCAUUAUAAGGGAUAGCAGGAGUUAUUUCGUUAAUCAAAGAAGAACAUGGUUUUAAAAUAA